AUGGUGUGCGACGGAUUCGCGUUAUUGCCGUGCGUUCUUGUCUUUUGGGCAGUCUCAGGGCUCACCACUGCCUUUGUGUUGUUUCAGGUGUUACACGUACACCCUGGGUACCACAUACCUACAAUAAGCUACAUUGGAAAUUUCUACCCAGAGAGCAUAGUGCAUGGGAUUAAUUUUUCGGUAUGCACCAUACUGGGAAUCAGCACAGUGUAUGUAAUGUACAGAUACAUCCAUCUGAGAAGCCAGACAAGUGAGAUCAAACCGUCAUGGUGCAAAAAGGCUUCUCUCUUCAGCGGGUGGUUAUGGUGCUUUGGGUUUGAGGUUGUUGGCAUUUUUCCUUCAAACAAAUAUGCAGCUUUACAUACUGGUGGAGGGACAAUCGCGUUUCUGUUUGGGGCGCUGUAUAUAAUUUUUCUGUCAGUAAUUGGAUACCAAUCAAGUCCUCGAUUGAACAGCAAUGCCAUGUGUCACUUCAGAAUGUGCGCGUCUAUCCUUACUCUGAUUUUCCUGCUGCCAUUUUCUAUGUGUACCAUUUAUUUUGAGGUGCACGGCAGCUCAACAACAAGCUACGUUUAUUACGCUAGUGCAUUGUUUGAGUGGCUGUCCACAAUGACAUUGUUUGUCUUUAUUCUAACUUUCAUUCCCGAUUUUCAGCAAAUAACUGUACGAAGGCCAAAAAACUGGAAGGACAAUUGGAUUGUAAUGAAAACAGAGGUAGAACUACCAGAGGUGCAGAAGGUGCUAUGGCAUCUGGGUACAGUAGAGCUUAGGGGUCCUCUCCUGGUCACCCAUCAGGGGAGGGGCAGCAUUGAGGGGCCCAGCAGACAGACAAUGCCUUACGAUCUUCAUGUAGCGGAGAAUUCAGAGCCACUUGCUGCUUCCAUCUAG